UGACGUAACACGCCUGCGCACUGGACCUUGCGCGACCUCUAGGACUUACCCAGCAGGCAACGCUUCUGUCUCGGGUUAAAAUGGCGAGUAGGCCUGCCGUUGCAGCAUCAAGCAAAUGGCUGGAGGGUAUUCGAAAAUGGUAUUACAAUGCUGCCGGGUUCAAUAAACUGGGCUUAAUGCGAGAUGAUACAAUAUAUGAGAAUGACGAUGUAAAAGAAGCCAUAAAAAGGCUUCCUGAGAACGUUUAUAAUGAGAGGGUGUUUCGCAUUAAGAGAGCACUGGACCUGACCAUGACCCAGCAGAUCUUGCCUAAAGAGCAGUGGACAAAAUAUGAGGAGGAUAAAUUCUACCUUGAACCAUAUCUGAAAGAGGUUAUUCGGGAAAGAAAAGAGAGAGAAGAAUGGGCAAAGAAAUAAUCAUGUAGUCUAAAUCUGGAUGCAGCUAUCCUGAAGUAUUUUUAUGAGGUUUUUUUGGUGGAAGCGAGAACAUGGAACCACAGCAAGUGGGGGAGGAGCUGUGUGGAACCUGCAGUCCAUACGGUGUCCCACAAGCCACUGCUGUGUGUGGUGCGGACGUCUGAUUGGGGUCUUACCUUGAAGAACAAAGCAACAGAAUGUGAAAAACAAGUUUUGUGUUAUAGAGAGAUACUGCAGGUUCAGUUCUAGACCACCACAAUAAAGGAAAUACCAAAAUAAAGUGAGUCACUUGAAGUUUUUGGUUUCCCAUUGCAUAUAAAAGUUACGUUUAUAACUGUGCGAUUAAGUGUACAGUAGCAUUGUGUCUAAAAAACCAAUGUAUACCUUCAGCAAGUUGUAAUAACAUCAAAAAUCACUGAUCACCAUAACAAGCACAAUAAUAAUAAUAAAGUUUGAAAUAUUUCGAGAACUGCCAAAAUGUGAGAGAGACAUGAAGUUCCAAAUGCUGUUGGGAAAAUGGCGCCAAUAGACUUGCUGGAUACAGGGCUGCCGUAAACCUUCAAUUUGUAAAAAACACGAUAUCUGUGAAGCCCAAUAAAAGGAGGUAUGCCUGUAGUUAAAAUUCCUAAAACAGAAUCAAAAGCGGGUGUGUACAUUUGGCAUGUGUUUUUUCCACGGAGUGUGAUAAGAUUUUGACGUGUGACUUUUGCAACGUGUACAUAGUGUCUUUAAAAGUUUGCUAAAAUAUUAGGAAGCCUCAUUAAAUUCCCUAAGACCUGUCUUCUCUUUGAUACUCGAAACAUCUGUCCUGAAGUCACUCUUGUCAGUUUUUCGGGGUCUGUCCAAGUUGCCUAGAUCCUCAUUUGAUCAUGGUUUUGAUCAUGAUAAGAGCAGUUCGUUAACAUGUUCAGUAUUUUUGUAAGAUUUGUGAUUUUACUUUGUAAUCUGAAUUACACUUUUGGAGCAGUAUUGCAAAUCACAGAGAAACAGGAAGAUGUAGGUAGAUGCUCAUGUUAAGGGACUGUUCGCUUAAGGGUCUGUUGAUUUACUUCUGUCGCGAUGCUUCCCUAUUAGACCUAACUAGGUAACUAAGAUAGAUUCUCAGACAACCAAGGACCUCCCAGUGUUUCAGUGCUCCAAUUUCUUUCUUUUCUCAGAUCUUUUCAAAUAAAUUUGAAUCCCAUACAUUGCUGGUGGCUCAUCAUCCUGUAGACGGAAUAGUAGAAUUACUCAGAGCCAACUCUGGGUUAGACGGCCCAGAUCUGAAUCCAUUCACUUACCGGGUAAUCUUAGGAAUAUGGUUUAACCUCUCUAUGGCCCAGUUUCCUCAGCCCUAAAAUAGGGCUAAUGAUAACCUACUUUAAGGGUUGUUGUGAAAAUUAACUGACUUCAUUGUAUGUCAAGCUCUUAGAACAGUUCUUGGCACACAGUAAGCACUAUUCUGACUUACUAAAAGAUUCAGUAAUAAGAAUAAAAACUGGGCCAAAGCCCCAAAUUCCUAUAGCCAUAAUAAUUCUCUAUUCACAAACGAUGGUAUCUUGUUAAUAUAGGCAUCCCCACUGCGUGACUUUGAAAAUAACCAAAAUAGAAUUCAAAGGUUAGGUAAGCAUAAAACCUUAACCAAAUCCUUGACAGCCUGGUGGGUGAAAUGCAAAUGGGUUUACCCAUUUGAGCGACGUGAAUAUUAGGAACCACAGUCACAGAGAUGAAUACAGUUAAAGGGUGAAUGAGACGAUACAACAGGAAAAGGUCCCUUUAUUAGAAUGAGGUACUAAAUUCAGCCACUAGGUGGUGAUACACUACAACUUUCCUACUUAGAGGUGCACUGCACCAGCACUUCUGUAGAUUUGUCCAUUCUCUGCCCCCACCAACUCCUUCCCUUUCAUUUUUCAAGUUGACAACACCUUAGAGGUUUAUGGCCAUCAGGAGGAUUUACUACUAAGCUAUAUACUGAUGUAAUGAAAUCUAAUAUAUGCUGUGCAAUGAAUUAUGAGAUGUUAUUUAGUUUCAGGAUUUUAUUACUUCAAUCGGUUUUGACCGUAUUUCCUUUUAUAUGAUUGCUCACUCUUUAAACAUACCAGAUGACUGUAUAAGGAACACCUAAUAAAGCCUAUAGAUGUUAAAAUAUAUAUGUUUUAACUUAUUUGCCAUAAUUUGUUUAAAUUCUGGUUAUACUGGUAUUCAUAUUAAAAGCCAUAACAUGUUAGAAUCUGAGAUCUCAGGUCGGAUGGUGCCUCUGAAUUAUAUUUUGCUAAGAAAUUUCAUUGUAUGUAUUAACAAUUGAGCAGGGAAGAAGAACUGAAUCAUUACAAGGUGGUUAAUUUUUAGCAUAGAUUCCAGAAAGCUUGUUAAUAUUUGAGUGGCUUAUGUAUUAUGGCAAACUAUUUUAAAUGUUAUUCUGGGUUCUGACUAUAUCUCUCCUACAGUUGAAAGAAUGUAUUAUUUGUUUAACUUUGUAUUUUAAUACAUUUGCCUAUUUUUGCAUAAAAUGCCAAAAAUGUAAUUUCAAAAUAAAUCCCUGUGAAACUUCUGGUAACAUUA